AUGCAGUCAGAUAAUUCUUCUCCUCAGUCCAUUGCCUAUUCUGAAAAUAAAUCCACUAGAAAAUAUGUCAAAACUGGUAAAUAUUCAAAGAAAAAGCAACAACAACAACAACAGCAAAUCCAGGCCGCCAUACAGCAACAAAUCCAAGCUACGAUCCAACAACGGCAACAACCUUUGACACCACAACAGAUCUUGGUUUUACAGCAAUCUUUACAAGCUGCUGCUAUGAGUGGCAUAUCAAAUACACCCUCUGGAACUCAAUCGCCACUGGGAAUAACAGGUAUGCGAACUCAAGCUACUUCUCAACAUCUUGCUUCACUUGAUUCCUCUACAACUGCCUCUUUGCCACAACAAGAUCAACAACAACAACAAUCAUCUUCUUCAGCAGUAGCUCUACAGCCUUCAGAACGAGUCGUCAACAAUACAAAUAUUCUGCCAGCAACAAUCACACCUCCCAUAGCUUUAGUAAAUGAUCCUAUGAUGCGAAUCUUAGCAAUGGACGGCAAGAAACGAAGUAGUCAGGUUGAUGAACAACACACUCAAGUAAAGAAACGAUAUAUUGAAGCCCUCAUCAAAGAUCAUGAAAAGGUAUCACGUCCGGAUUAUCUUACUCCUUUCAAAUCAAUUGAAGAUGCCAUGGAUCGGUUACUUCCUUAUCACAUAUACCAAUACCCAACCGCUGAUCUAGAUGCCAACAAAGUACCUUUGGAACGCCAAGAUCAAGCAAUGCUAGAUAUAUACAAAGCACAAGUGGAUGUAUUCAAGAAACAUGGAGAACUUGUCAACAAGUCAUUGAACGAAAAGAAAAAUGCUGCGUAUCAAAUUAUGCUGGAAAAACAAGUAGCCUCAGACAUACGACAAAGUAUCAGUGAAGAACAAACAAGAGUGAACGAAGAACAAAGGGCACAACAGCAGGCUUUACGGAUACAAGCUGAAAAAGAACGAGCACAAGCAGAGGCAGAGAAAGCUCGAUUAUUACAAGAACAACAGCUACAACAACAACAAAUGUUACUUCAACAACAGCAAAUGUUUCUUCAGCAACAGCAACAACAACAGCUACAACAGCAACAAUCAUCAUCUGAACAGUCUCCUCAGGCUUAUGAACAACCUUUAGAUGUCAAAUAUGCACAAACUUUACAUGCAUUGAUGCAGAACAAGGAGUUUGCUGAACAAUAUCAAAAACUGACUCCAGAACUUCAGCAACAAUUCUUACGGAAUCUCAACCAUCAAAAAGUGGCCGAAUUUUUACAACGGAAAGCAACUUGAUCAUGUUAGAACUCCCUCCCAUUAGAUUAUUAUCAUACUGUAUUAUAUUCUCUCUCUCUUUCCCUUUCUUUGGUUUAUUUUAUAUAAAAUAAAAAACAAUCGACC